UAGUCCAGGCGGAAACCGGGUUGCAAGCUUGGCUUCGAUACGCCCCGCUACCGAGACAUAUCGACCAUCCUGCUCUUCCGUCUUCGAUUGUCGUGCUAAAUGCGACUCAUGGCGGACCUAUUGAAACUGCCGGAAAGGAGCUGCAACAAGGACUGUCACAUAUCUUUGGACACCAUGCUAGGAUCUGCGAUGAUGAUUCACAACCGGCUGUGACCAUUGCCACUGUUGAGACCUACAACGCCGCAUAUCCAGAUUCGCGAGUUGAGAGCGAUCUGAUUGAAGACGGCUUCUGGCUGAGCAUCAAGGAUGACGAAGUCAAGAUCGUCGGACACAACGAGCGAGGAACGCUCUACGGCACAUUCGAAUACUUGUCAAUGCUAGCGCAGGGCAACUUCUCGAAUGUCGAGUACCUUACGAAUCCUGCAGCGCCAAUCAGAUGGACCAACGAAUGGGACAACAUGGACGCAUCCGGUACUCACGGAAUCAUUGAGCGUGGCUUUGCUGGCAACUCCAUAUUCUUCGAAAACGGCAAGAUCAAAGCAAAUCUUACACGAGCAGCAGAAUAUGCUCGAUUACUAGCCUCGAUUCGCAUUAACGCGGUUGUCGUGAACAAUGUCAACGCCAACUUCACCACAUUGCAACCGGAGAACAUCGAUGGCUUGGGCCGCAUUGCAGAUGUGUUCCGCCCUUACGGCGUCCAGCUAGGGCUAUCGCUAUAUUUUGCAUCCCCAGCAAAUUUGACAGAUAUCGAUACAUAUGAUCCCCUAGACGAGCAAGUAAUCGACUGGUGGACGAACAAGACGACCGAGAUUUACGACCGCAUUCCAGACAUGGCCGGCUACCUCGUGAAGGCCAACAGCGAAGGCCAGCCUGGACCGCUCCAUUACAAUCGCACCCUGGCGGAAGGCGCCAACCUUUUCGCACGAGCACUCAAACCGCAUGGAGGCGUGCUGAUGUUUCGUGCCUUUGUGUAUGACCAGCUCAACCAGACGGACUGGAAAGCCGACCGAGCAAAUGCUGCUGUUGAUUACUUCAGACCACUCGACGGCCAUUUCGAGGACAACGUGGUUGUGCAGAUCAAGUAUGGCCCGAUCGAUUUCCAGGUCCGGGAGCCAGUAUCGCCGCUUUUCGCCAAUCUGAGAAAUACAAGCAUGGCAGUUGAGCUGCAAGUCACGCAGGAGUAUCUUGGACAGCAGAUGCAUCUCGUUUACUUGCCUCCGCUCUGGAAGACGCUAACGGACUUCGAUCUUCGAAUUGACAACGACACCUCGCUGCUGCGAGAUGUUAUGACUGGCUACCACCACAAGCGACCCCUCGGAGGAUCCGCAGCUGUGGUGAACGUGGGUACCAAUAGUACGUGGCUGGGCAGCCAUCUCGCAAUGUCAAAUCUGUAUGCAUAUGGUCGCCUCGCCUGGGACUGGACGCUAGACUCUGAAGAGAUAUUGAAUGACUGGACCCGUCUCACAUUCGGUCACAACCAGAAAGUCAUCGAAACGAUCGCUGAGAUGUCCAUGCAAUCAUGGCCAGCAUACGAGAACUACACCGGCAAUCUCGGUAUUCAAACCCUGACCGACAUCCUCUAUACACACUUUGGUCCCAACCCACAAUCACAAGACGGCAAUGGUUGGGGCCAAUGGACACGCGCCGAUAAUGAAGGCGUCGGAAUGGACAGGACUGUAUCGAACGGCACUGGCUACGCCGGGCAAUACCCUCCCCAAGUCGCCCAGCUCUUCGAGAACAUCUCGACAACGCCUGACGACCUACUUCUCUGGUUCCAUCACGUUCCCUACACGCAUAUCCUCAAAUCCGGCAAGUCCGUCGCCCAACAUUUCUACGACGCGCACUACGCAGGCGCAGAAACAGCCCAAAAUUUUGUCACCCUAUGGAAAUCCCUCCACGGCCUCAUCGAUGCCGAACGCUACAACGAAGUUUUAUAUCGGCAAGAAUUCCAAGCAGGUCACAGCAUUGUCUGGCGCGACGCGAUCAACAACUGGAUUUACAAUCUCUCCAGCAUCGAAGAUAUUUCUUCUCGCGUGGGAAAUUCUCCUUGGAGAAUUGAGGCCGAGGACAUGCAACUAGACGGGUAUGAAAUCUACGACGUUUCUCCAUUCGAAAUCGCUUCGGGUACAAAGGCUAUUGUCACAUCCUCGAAUACUACAACAGGAACGGCAUCCGUUAGCGUCCCGUUCGAAAGUGGACGCUACGAUCUCAUCGUCCAGCAUUUCGAUCUAACAGCGGGCAAUAGCACAUUUACUGUCACGCUCGGAGAUCGGGAGGUUGGGAAAUGGAGGAGUGAUGAUGUAUAUACCGGAAGAGUAGGGCAUACACCUUCGAUCUAUCUGGAUGGACAUUCUGCGACGAGGAAACGAUUCGCGAAUGUGCAGGUGAACAAGGGUGACGUCCUGAAGGUCGUGGGGCAGCCCGAUGGAAUUGAGCCUGCACCAGUAGACUACGUCGCAUUUCUGCCAGAGGGGGUGGUAGAUUGA